AUGAAGGUAGGAACUGUUGUACCGGCAGUUGCUUUGUCUACUCUUGCAGCUGCAUUGAUUAUUCCAGAAUUUGAAGACGCAGGAAAGUUGAUCCAAAGUUUAGGGAACGACAUUAAGUCAAGUGAAGCGAUAAUUUCCUUAAUAUAUAAUGAGGCCGUGAAAGGCGAGGUUGAAGCUGGAAAGUCAGAACAUUUAUCACCAUUGUACACUACAAAGGAUGAAGCCAGUGCCAUUCCGCACCGUUACAUUGUUGUAUUCAAGAAGGAGGCGAGUGAAGAAGAAAUUGCGUUUCAUAAAGAAGUCAUAACGGCAGCUCACUUACAAUUGGUUUCCGGUUUAGAUACUUCUCAUACUUUCUUUGCAGCAACAGGUGGAAAAUCAAAUGAGUUUGGCAUUACCGCAAAAGAUACUACCGGGGGUAUUCAGGACAGCUUUUCUGUUGCUGACUCAUUGAAGGGUUACGUAGGUUAUUUCACAGGUGAGUUGGUGGAUUUGAUUCGUUCAAAUCCAUCUGUGGAAUUUGUUGAGGAGGACUCUAUUGUGCAUUCGAGUGGCUUUAAAGCUCAGUCGGGCGCUCCAUGGGGAUUGGCUCGUGUUUCUCACCGUGAACGGCUGAACUUGGGCACCUUCAAUCGAUACUUAUAUGAUGACGAUGCGGGUAAGGGUGUUACAACAUAUGUGGUUGAUACUGGUAUAAAUAUUGACCAUGUAGAUUUUGAAAAGAGAGCGAGAUGGGGUGUAACAAUGCCAUACAAUGACGCCGAUUUGGAUGGUAGUGGGCACGGUACACACUGUGCCGGUACAAUGGUUUCUAAAACCUACGGUAUUGCAAAGAAGGCUGAGGUAGUAGCAGUUAAAGUGUUAAGAUCUAAUGGUACCGGCUCAAUGUCGGACGUCUUACGCGGUGUUGAAUAUGUUGUAUCAGCACACAAAGAGGCUGUAAGCAAUCCCAAAAAGGGAUUCAAAGGAUCUGUCGCUAACUUGUCCUUGGGUGGUGGAAGAUCACGUAUCAUGGAUAUGGUGAUUGACGCUGCGGUUGAUGCUGGCGUUCACUUUACUGUUGCUGCUGGUAACGAAAACCAAGAUGCUUGUUAUGUCUCUCCAGCUGGUUCUAAAAAGGCAAUUACAGUUGCUGCUAGUACGUUGUCAGAUGAUAGAGCAUCUUUCUCUAACUGGGGUAGUUGUGUUGAUAUUUUUGCUCCAGGUAUGAAUAUAUUGUCAACCUAUAUUGGUUCAAACACUGCCGUUACUGCUAUGUCUGGUACUUCUAUGGCGGCACCCCAUGUUGCUGGUUUAUUGGCUUACGCUUUGUCUUUACAACCUGAUAGCGACUCUGAAUUCCACAGUUCCGUCUUAGUUUCUCCUGCAGUAUUAAAGAAGAAGAUCAUUGACUAUGGUACUAAGAGUGCUAUCCGUCAAGUUCCCCCACGUACUCCAAACAAUUUGAUCUUUAACGGUGGUGGUGAUGACCUAAGUGAAUUCUGGGGUAAAGGUCCUAGCAGCACCGAAAAUGAAGAAUCCUCCCAGCCUACACUUGACCUAGAAAAGGUUAAAGACUCACCAGAUUUUAGUCCUGCAAAAUGGUUUAGUGAUGUUAAACUGCUUUGGGAUAAGCUCUCUAUCAUUUGA